GCAUUGUGGGAAGCAGAGGGAGCUAUGGCGGAUGGUGAGGAACCGGAGAAGAAAAGAAGGAGGCUAGAGGAGCUGCUGGCGGAUGGAAUGGCUGUUGAUGGUGGGUGUGGGGACACUGGAGACUGGGAAGGUCGCUGGAACCAUGUAAAGAAGUUCCUCGAGCGAUCUGGACCAUUCACACAUCCUGAUUUCGAGCCAGGCACUCAAGCUCUAGAGUUUUUGUUAAACACAUGUAAAGUACUGGUUAUUGGAGCAGGAGGUUUAGGAUGCGAACUUCUGAAAAAUCUGGCAUUGUCCGGUUUUAGACAGAUCCAUGUCAUUGAUAUGGAUACUAUAGAUGUUUCUAAUCUUAAUCGACAAUUUCUGUUUCGACCCAAGGAUGUUGGACGACCUAAAGCAGAAGUUGCAGCAGAAUUCCUUAAUAGCCGCAUUCCUAACUGUGCUGUUGUAGCAUACUUUAAAAAGAUUCAAGACAUGGAUGAAAGCUUCUACCGACAAUUUCAUAUUAUUGUUUGUGGACUGGACUCUAUAAUUGCAAGAAGAUGGAUAAAUGGCAUGCUGAUGUCAUUUUUACAUUAUGAAGAUGGUGUCCUGGAUCCAAGUUCCAUCAUACCUUUAAUAGAUGGAGGGACAGAAGGUUUUAAAGGAAAUGCUCGUGUCAUUAUUCCUGGUAUGACGGCAUGUGUUGAAUGCACACUUGAACUCUAUCCACCUCAGGUCAAUUUUCCCAUGUGUACUAUUGCAUCUAUGCCCAGACUACCAGAGCAUUGUAUUGAGUAUGUCAGGAUAUUGCAGUGGCCAAAGGAACAACCUUUUGGAGAAGAUGUGCCUUUGGAUGGGGAUGACCCCGAACAUAUACAGUGGAUUUACCAGAAGUCUUUAGAAAGAGCAUCGCAAUUUAAUAUUAAAGGUGUUACAUAUAGACUCACCCAAGGAGUUGUUAAACGAAUUAUUCCAGCGGUAGCUUCUACGAAUGCAGUAAUUGCAGCUGUCUGCGCCACAGAAGUUUUUAAAAUAGCCACAAGUGCAUACAUUCCUCUUAACAACUACUUGGUGUUCAAUGAUGUGGAUGGAUUAUACACAUACACAUUUGAAGCUGAACGAAAGGAGAACUGUCCAGCCUGCAGCCAGCUUCCCCAAAACAUAGAAAUUUCCCCAUCAGCUAAAUUGCAGGAGAUCUUGGAUUACUUGACAAAUAAUGCUUCAUUGCAAAUGAAAUCUCCAGCAAUCACAGCAACUAUGUAUGGGGGGAAUAAAACACUUUACCUACAGACUGUAGCUUCAAUUGAAGAACGAACAAGGCCGAAUCUUUCCAAGACACUGAAAGAACUGGGGCUUGUGGAUGGCCAGGAACUUGCGGUUGCUGAUGUUACUACACCACAAACUAUGCUGUUCAAACUUCACUUUACUGCUUAAUUCAUACAUAAGUAUACUACUUAUGCAGAUAAAUCUCUAUCCACCUUGUAAAACAAAUGCACAGUGUGUGUGUUAAGAGUAACCUGAAAUGUCCAUUUUAGUACUAGCAUUGUUGAAGGUUAGAUAAUCCAGAUGAAUCACCAUAUUUCAGAAUUGUACGUAGAAGCCAAUAUUUGGUGGAUUAUAUUUGUAUAAAUGCUUAUUAAUGUACAGAACUCUGGUGUAUAGGAAUACACUUUUCCAGUUUUUGCUGUCAAAAUGUUAACACAUUCACACACAUGGAAAUUUUAAGGUGGCCAAAAGACUUGUUUUCGUAUUGAAUUUGGAGACAUGCAUGCAAGCAAAGAGGA